CAAGGCAUGCAUUGUAUUAACUCAAUCCUCUGAGGCGAAUAUAUAUCGUGUACUCAUCAGAGCCUUUCAUUCCCAGGGGGGGAGGAAAAAGUUAAUAAAAAUGGGUUUUCAUGUCCAGAAGUAAUAUUAAGCGGCAAACAGAAGAAGUAGAUCAACACGAGAAAAACAAAGGAAGUUAAAGAUGGGUUUUCUGGAACUAUUGGAGGUGGCUUCUUUGCCAGUUAUUCAAGUCCUACUUAUCAGUGCAUUAGGAGCUUUGAUGGCAACUCAGUAUUUCGAUAAUCUUCUUUCACCAGACAUUCGGAAAGCCUUGAACAAGAUUGUCUUCCUUAUAUUCACUCCUUCACUUGUAUUUUCCAGUUUCGCCAAGAGUGUUUCACUUGAUGAUAUGAUAUCAUGGUGGUUUAUGCCUGUUAAUGUUGGACUUACCUUCUUAAUUGGAGGGAUUAUAGGAUGGAUACUUGUAAAAUUACUGAAGCCUAAUUUGAAAGUGGAAGGUCUUAUUAUUGCUGCAUGUUCAUCAGGAAAUAUGGGUAACCUUCCUAUUGUAAUCAUCCCUGCUAUCUGUGAUGAGAAAGGAGGCCCAUUUGGUGCACGUGAUAUUUGCCGCAAUAAUGCACUCUCUUAUGCAUCUUUCUCUAUGGCCCUUGGUGGCAUCUUCAUUUGGACCUACACAUACCAGACGGUAAAAAGCAGAUCUUUGAAAUUUAAGGCACUCGAGGCUGCUGAGAUUGUAAAGGUUCCCAACAAAGAUUUUGAUGCUAAUGCUGAAACUCACCUUCUCAAGGAUAAUGACAGUGAAGACACAACAAUAGAAGUGCCGACAUCGACUUAUAUUGGUGACACUGAAAACCAAAUUAUUGUAGACCAAGAUCAGUCCAAUGUAUCGAAAAAGACAGAAUCAUCUUGGCAUAGAAUGGUAGAAGUUAUGAGCCAUCUUCUGGCAGAAUUAGUGUCACCACCGGCAAUUGCAACAUUUUUUGGUUUCCUCUUUGGUGCGGUUGCAUGGCUAAGGAACCUAAUAAUAGGAGACAAUGCUCCACUGCGAGUCAUCCAAGACUCUCUUCAGUUGCUAGGGAAUGGGACCAUUCCUUGCAUCACCCUUUUGCUUGGUGGUAACCUCACUCAAGGCUUGAAAUCAUCAAGUGUCAAACCGUUGACCCUCACUAGCAUCAUCAUAGCUCGACUUUUCUUACUACCUGUUAUUGGAUUGUUUAUUGUAAGAGCAGCAGCAAAUUUGGGCUUACUCCCUGUUGAUCCUUUAUUCCAAUAUGUGCUGGUUAUGCAGUAUGCCAUGCCACCAGCUAUGAAUAUUAGUACCGUGGCUCAGCUGUUUGAAGUAGGAAAUGAAGAGUGUUCAGUUAUUCUCUUGUGGACAUAUACUGCUGCAGCCAUAGCACUCACUGCCUGGUCAACAUUCCUCUUGUGGCUAUUAUCUUAAGGCGUCUUUAGUUUCUGAUUUCACUGGCUAAACUCUUCUAUACAGAACCAUAUAUAAUGGUUGUGUGACUGACAAUGUCAUACAACAAUUUUCUUUCACCACUUUUGUUCUAUUCAAGGACAUAUAAUGAAAGAAGCUAGAAUGGUAUGUUUACGAUUGAGUGAAAUUUUGGCAAUGCGUGCUGUCAUAUCAACCCAUGCCACCCAACAAAUAAGUUAGGAGACUGAAGUGAUUAUUGGCUUUCUUGUCCCCAACACAAGACACUGCCAUUCAGAAAUUAAGUAUCUAGCAACAUGUACGUAUUUUUCUUCAUUUCACCCAUGUCUUCCUUUUCCGCCACCUCCUACAACGACAAGUAAUAUUUUAGGUACUGAAAAAAGUUUGUGUUUUAUGUAGUUCUCCAUAGGAAACCAAAAAAAAGAGUCUAUUUAUAGCCAUUUUUUCCAUUU